AUGUCGUCCUCCAAUUUAUCAACUGUGGUUGGGUCGUAACUUUUUGAGUUUUUGAAAGUUGUUUGAUUUGAAGUCGGCGGAGACGGCGGUGAGCUUCGACGAGGAAGACUUGGCGCCUGAAUGGACUGACGUCAUCGUCGCCAUCGACGACUUCAACCUGCAGCGAAAAGUCGUCAGCCGCUACGAGUCGUCCUAUCAAUAUGAACAUUUCCUCAUCUACGUCGCUCAAACUGAUGCGGUAGAGUUUAUAUUGCAUUCAACUCGGGCAAAGGUCUGAAGGUCUUCUAAGGAAAAUUUUUCGUUUCACCUUUGAUAGCCCAUGUCGCGCCAAUUUGUAACAAUUUUCUCUUCUCCAGAGUUACAGUGCCCUUAUCUUUGAUGUGUGGGUCGUGUCCCUGUGCAUGCGCCUUUAAUUUAGCCUAAAAUUGAUGGAAGGCUCUUUAGCUUUUUUGGGCUUUUUUUUUAGCAAUUUUUUGAUUAACGCGUUGAAUUUUCCGUAUACUUCUGGAUCACUCUCAUUCAAAACCCCUCAAAAUGUUUUUUUAAAAUUGUAAAAGCCCUUGUAAAGCUAGGGAAAAUCUCUUCGAAAACCUGCGAAAUUGAGCUUUCAAAAGCGUGUCUUUGCUUUUACAAUAAAGCGAAUUUAGUAUUUUUUUUUAAUCUACAAAUCUCAAGGCGGAACUCAAGCCGUGGCGCCACAUCUACAUGUCGGUGACUACGGAAGCCGAUUCGGAAUGGUUUCUUCUGGUUCAGCUACGGAUCAAGACUGGCGAGAACGCGAGUGUCUUGAACGUCGUCGACAAGGUCUUUUUCAAAGGCUUUCAGACUGGGGACUUGAAAAUACCCAAAUUUUCAAGUUUUUCAAAAUUUUUUCAGGACGUUUUCCGCUUCGACUCGUUCACCCGGCCCUUGUCCGUCGAGCUGCAAACCACCGAAGUCAAGUUUUUGAAGCUGGAAAUGCGAGUUCUCAACACUGUCCGUUUGGGAAGUUAAGAAAAGUCCAACUACUGUAUUUUGAUGGGAGAAUGUUGAAAAGGAAGAAUUGAGUUUAAUCUGAAGACUUUAGCUUGGAAAUUAUCGAUUUCCAAACUUUUCUGUUUUCGAGUUUCUUUAUUAUUGUUCAAACUAUUUUCAGAUUCAAUAAAGCAUUGAGUCCGUAAGCGUUAAACUCUUUACAGCUUUACCUCGAGCACCCGCGGUUCCUCGACGGCGAUACUUUGAUUUCCUUUGAAGACGGCCCUUCGAUCCGCGUCUACAAGCACAUUUUGUACCUUCUCUCCGACUAUAUGGGUUAGUUUUUUGAUUUUUGUUUCAAGGUCGUUAAGCAAAAAUAGGCUUGAGAAUGGUGAAAAAUCAAGAAAAUGUUCAAAACAGAAUUUUUGAUGGAGCGUGGUGAAUAAGGCAUCAUUUAUUUGAAGCACAUUGUGAAAAAUGUGUUUCAGUCAUUCUUUUUAAAAUCAUUUUUUUUAAUUUUUGGAAGUUUGCGUAGCUUCUAUAAAUUAUCGGCGUAGUGUUCCGGAGUCCAUAUUUGAGUUAAUAGUUAUCUGAAAAUUUGUUUAUAAAAAUAUUUUGAAUGAACGGAAAAUUACGAUUUCACUGUAUCUGUUUAUUUAUUUUCUGUUUUAGACGAAUUCGAAAAGCAGUCGUCCCAUAUCCAAGUGUCUCACAUUCCAAGGAAGGCUUUCCUUGAACUUCUUUAUCAGGUUAUUUUUUAAUUAUUGUAAAGAAAAACGAAGGAUAAGUGGUUUUGAAGUGGUAAUUAUAGGGUUAGACGCGAAGUAGUCAUUUUAGGAUAGUCGUUUAGACUUGAGAUUUGAAAGAAUAUUUUUUUUCAAUUUCAAAAGUCAUUAUCAAAAUAUUUUGUGACCUCUCUAGUGAUCACUGAAAGUGGUGAACCUAUAUUUAUAUUUUGCUCACUGGGAAAAUUUUCAGGGGCCACUAUAAAGACUCGCCAAGAGCUACUUGGAGAGGACACUAAAGUGCCCACUAAACCCACCUCUAUAGUGGCCACUAUUUUCCGUUUUAAUGGCCAAUAGAGAGGUUCUUUAUUUAGUAGCCACUUCAGUAGUUUUUAAUCCAGUAUUCCUUCCAGUAACUCUGAUAACUUUAAAACAAACAGAUUGAAACAGUUAUGUUGAUCCAUUGGCCCCUGAAGUGGCCCCUAAAAAUUUCAGUGGUCUAGUAGUAGUACUAGAAAGUGGUCUUUUUUAGUGGUCUAGUAGUAGUCUAGUACCUCUAUAGUGACCACUAAAUUUUAACCCCUUAGUGGCCACUAAAUUAACUACUGUAGUAGCCACUAAAACGUCAAAACCCUAUAGUGGCCCUAAAAAACUCCCCAGUAUUUCAAUGUCAAUCGGUGGCUCCGACCCUAAACGCGCGAUGAGCCAAUCCUACUAGAGCGAGUCAGAUUUUUAGAAUGACGUCAUAGUCCUUGAAAUUCAGAUUCUGGACAGACCUUGGCUCUUCUUCUACCUUCCAGAGAAUUGAUAGAACAAAAAAGAAGACGUUGGUAAUUCCUCGAUUUAGGCUUACCCAACCCGUCGGCCGAUUUAUGGAAACUUCCGGUCGCUUUCCCUCGCAGCAGUCGGUCUCCGCUGCAAUUCGCUGAUAAAUCACCUUUCUCGGCAUAUUGUAGAGUUCAACUCGAGACCUGUUGGCCUUCAGCUCAGUUAGGAGAUGAUCGAGGCCAUUUCAGUUGAGCUUCGAAGAGCGAUUCCGAGCGGCGAUCGAUAAUCAGCUGGCGCCGGCGAUCCAGGAGAUCGCCUUCAGAGCGGCGCGCGACGGCACUUGGGAUCGCCUCAUUCAGAAGGGCUUCGAGGCGGAAUCCUUCUGCGGAAAGUCGGUCUACACCCAACUCGUCUGUCCUGCCAUCAUCAAGGUUCAAAAUUUGAGAAAAGUAGAUGUUUUUUAGAGAAAAAAAAAUCAAGAUAAUUUUUUCUUACUCUCAAUUUGUGUGCCCUGCUGUCAAAGAUCACAUUAAAAAAAAAAUACUUCUGGGUAGUUAUCUUAUCUGGAGCUCCGACUUCUUGUAGUCUUCCGAAACAAAAAAAACUUGAUGCUUAUCGUCAAUUUUUAUGGGACGACUUAAGGGUCGACGUGCCGGAUUGGACGAUACCUUGCUUAAGGAAGAUGCCCCAGUCCCCGAUUUUCUAUCGAAAGAUGUUUGAUAACUUAGUUUCCGACUGGAGCUUCUAUCUGUACCUUUUCAAGCCCAACGAUGAUAGCAAGUCAGCGAUUUUGUUCCGCGGGACGACUUUCUACAUGAACAGUGGCCUCCUAGCCGCCCACGGAAGGCAGAAGUUUAGCAUUGGCCGAAAUGGUUUCCCUGGAUUUUAUCGGAUCUGUACUGAAUAUUUGGUUCUAGAAGAAUACAUUGCUAUCUACAGUCUCGACUUUCAAAACGAGUGCGGCAAGAUGAACUUGUUGCCCGGCGAGGUGAACUUUUUUUUUGACUGGGAACACGGCGUUUUUUCGACGACGCCACGCCCACUUUUGCUUCGUAAAGUGUCGUGUGUCGUGUGCAUGCACUGCGCCGCUUUCGUGCAGAAAAUUGCGCUUAUGUAGAAAAAUUUCGAUUCGUCUUGAGACCUCUGGCAAUGGGCCUUGAUAUGCCCUGUUAUUAACGAGUCAAAAUCUCUGCCGUUCCCAUGACGUCACGUGGGAACGGCGGAUAUUUUGGCUCCGCCCACCGUGUUUUUGCUUUCACAUUUUCUUCCACUAGCAAAAACGCCGUGGGAAAAUAAGACGAACAUGUUGUUAAAAAAAUGAAAUUUGACCGGAAAAGAGUGUGUUUCGACCGAGUUUUUGGACAAAAAAAGAAGAGCUCAGGAAAGUCGAUAUGAAAUGGUGGUAUAGCAGAUUCACAGCUGGCUUGAGCCAUCGAAGAAAGGGUCCUGACACGAUAGUGCACGAGAUAGCGCCUGGCUCGUAGAGAGCGCAGACACGACACGCCCCCCUAGCGUCCCAAGAUGGCCGUGAAUCAGCUAUAUCAACGGUUUAUCGUGUUCCUUGAAGGACGUGUUAAGAGAAAUGAUUCAAAAAUCCUAUAUUUUUUUUCUUUUAGACGUUUGAUGCAAUUUUUCAAUUUCAAAAUUUAUUGGCGUUCUAGGUGUUGCUCUCCGUGCUGCACUACAUGAUGCCGUUGGGACCGAUGCCUCAGGCGGAGAUGCUCCGCGCCGCCAUCGUCUUUUGCCAUGACCAUGAAUGGAACAUCCUCAAAGAGGACCUCGAACAGGUUUCCCAAAGGCUCCUUGUUUCCGCAAAAAUUCAGGAUUUAGGAACUUUUGCACGAGCCGCCAUUGACCGUGAUCCAGUACAUGUCGCAGCUGAAAUUUGCUGAGAAAUAUGGCCUCGUCAACAUGUUGAGAACGAACGUCCAGAGGGCCGAGGCUAGGUAGGAUUUUAGGGGCUUGUGCGAGGGCCGGCCUGGUCUUAUCUUUCAAAAACGUCCGGCCCGAAUAGCAGAAAUUUCUUUCCAAUUUUCGACUUCUUUCACGACAAAUAUCUCAUUUUCAGACCUUGAUUCAUAUAAAAUUCGACAGAAACUAUAAAAAUUAAUAAAAACAAUUUCGAGCAAGGAUGAAGAUCUAUAAUUAUUUUCGAAGCCCUUUUUCGCAAUAUAAAGUGGCCCAAAGAUUCAUAGUCGUCAUAGACAAUCUUUCCAGCUGCCACCAGAUCGCCAAUCACAUUGUCGCCUCCGGCCAAAUUGACGAGCUUCAAAAAUCGACGAGCGAGGCGAUCGUCGACAGAAUGUGCAGCGGAUGGGGCCUUCAUCCCAGCGUCAACCGCCUGGCUACUAGGUAUCCUUCUGGGAAAAGCCACUUAAGAGGUUCCUCGAGGACUACUCUGAAGUGACCACAAAAAUCAUCCCUAUAGAAGCCACUACGUUGCUUCUUAGCCGGCACUAAGACUUUCAAUGGUUUAGUAGUGCCGCUUAGACUUCUUAAGAGGUUACUAAUAUAGCCACUUAGGUGGCUGUUGAUUCGACUACUUCAGUAGCCACCAGAGCUUCAAAACCCUGAAGUGACCGCUAAAAUAUUUCCCUGAAACUUGAUUUUUCCUGUUUCUGGUUUUAUUUCUAGAAGAGCCACUAAAACGUCAAAACGUAAAACGUUAGCCACUUAAGUGGCCAUUAGUUCGACUGCUGUAGUCACCACUGAAACGUCAAAACCCCAAAGUGGCCACUCAAAACAUCUCUAUAGAAGCCACUACCUUGCCUCUUAGUGGACACUAAAACUAUCAGUGUUUUAGUUGUACCACUUCAAAAAAUGGAAAAAUGGUCCGCCCAUGUAUGCUUUGGAUCACUGAACUGUUUAUGGACUUUUCCCGAGCUUUGCCAACUCCCAGAAUGCCGACAAAGUUCACGGAACGCUGUGUGGAACUGGAACGAGGUUCGGUUCUCGCCCGAGGCCCCGGUCGCCUCUGCGACACACUCGUCUCCAUGCAGUCCGAGUACGCCUUCGGCAUGCCCACGGAGAUGGUCGUCGUCGACUGA